AUGAAGGAUAUCAGUUGGAAAAAUGUCCCUGGCGAAUCCCUUACACAGGAAUACUUUCGGAGUCUAGAUUUCCCUGAGCGUGACGAUGUCCGCGCUCACGGUGCCGCAAAUGUCGAGGAUCUCAAGGAUGAUCUACAAUUAGACCACUGGCAAUAUGUUUCCGUAUGGCAUAACCGAUCCCAGACGAUGACUUCGAAUGUUCAUAGAGGCUUUACGUCGCUUAACGACUCGCGAAGUUUCGGCAAUUCGAUUAUUGGACAUAGAUUGAUUCCUCGGGGAGGCGGAGAGAUGGGAAUAUUGAUAUUGAUACCUGCAUGGGCUACGUACAACCGGGCCGAGGCGAGCUCCACUGUUGUCUCUGCCAGGCAGUGUCUGUUCUACGGAGGCUGCAAUGCUUUGCACUAG